AUGUGUAGAAUUGAAUACAAGAUUUAUCAACGAGAAACAAAAGAUCGUAUCGAUUUAUUGCAAUUCAAUAUUCAAUGUUUAUAUCUUGCAGGCAAUUAUAUUAAAACGAUUUUAAGAACAGAGAAUGACUUUUAUUUGAACGACGAUAGCAGCAAUUGUAAUAGUAGCUUUAGUAGCAGUAGCAACAGUAGUAGUAGUAAUAGUAGAUUAGAUUCACCAAGAAAUACAAGAAAUACUAGCAAUAACAAUAACAACAACAACAACAAUAGUAAUGGUGGAUUAUCACCUAAACUACAAUCUGUUAAUGGAACAGCCACCCCAUCAAACAGUUUGAACAACAACAACAACCAUAAUAAUAGUUCAGAUAGUAAUAACAUUGUACAACCAAUCAAGUUGAUGAUAAACAACUGUAGAAAAUCAAAUAUAUAUAUACUGGUGAGCAUUGCCAUUACUACGAUUAGCAGCUGUCAUGACUGUACAAUAGUCCUCGGACCAUGUUGUGACUACAUAGAGAUGAGCGAUUGUUCAUCAUUGACAAUCAUUGCACUCACCAAAGGAAUUAGAAUAAAGUAUGUAAUCCACCAAUACAAUACUACUACUACUACUACAAACAAAACAUAUAUAACUAACAAUAUUAAAAGAUCAUCAACCAAUAUAAAUGUAAAUAUAUGUACAAAUCAAAAACCAAUUAUUAGUUCAGAUUGCAGUGAUAUUAGAUUAGCACCUUACAAUACACAUUAUCCAACGUUGGAAGCACAGAUUCAUCAAUCGAAAAUACAAACCAACCUCUCUAGCAACCUAUGGGACUCUCCUUUAAUAUUUAAAACACCAGGAAUUCCAACUGACUCUACAAUAGAUUCAACAUCAACAACAACAACAACUACAACAUCAUCAAAUCAACAUCAGAGUAAUAAUCUCGACACAACAUCAGAAUUGCUAAAAAAUCUAAAUAUAACCGACAAUAAUGGAAAUAAUAGUAAUAAUACAUCAUCUAUAUAUUCUAUCAUUGAACCUGAUGAUUUCUAUCCUUUUUCAGUACCAUUUUUAAUGAAAGGAAAAACAAAAUCUAAUCCAUGCGAAUUACCACCUAAAUAUACUAAAAGCCUUGCAAGUAAAACCAACUCAAUACAAUCACUUCAUAAGAUGAUUCAACAAUCUACAUCCGAUCAGAAAAUUAGAGGUCAUAUCAUGCAUUUAGUAGAGUCAAAGUUUCAAGAUUGGUUAAUUGAAACCGAUAAUGUUAGACAGAUAAAUGAUUUAAUAAAUAUGAAAAAAUAG